GCCCUGCAGCUGCAAAGGGCCGUUUUCAACCUGCAGUUUCUUGCUGUCUCACCUGCUCUGCGCUUUUUUCUUGCCAGCUUCCUCAGAGGUACAGCAGAAGGCCAGGGGUCAGCUCCCGGACAGCCCCGCUGUAUCAGUGCAGCUUCAGAGCCCCGUGGCUGGGGCUGGGGAAGGUGUAACAAAUGCUCCGUGAAGUGCUCAGCAGGUAGCGGGCUUUGUAAGUACGUCUCACGGCGCAGCAGGAAGCAGAGGAGCCCAUCGUAGGCAGCAGCCGCGUUUCUUGCAUCCGGUAUUUUUGAACGAAAGCAGAUCCCAAGCUGUCUUCUGUAAUAUGCAGCGGUGAUUAAUAACCUCGUGUGCUUCCGCUGGAUUUGAUGCUUGGCUUGGGCUGAGACGUAGCGAGCAUCACUCGGCGAGAUGAGUCCAGGGCUCUCGGAUGCGGGGAGCAGAGCCACGUCCUUUCCUCGCGCGGCUUUGGCAGGGCUUCGGUGUUCUCACUGAAGUACAUCGCGGGUAAUUUAGGAGCAGCACACCUCCCUGCUCUCCGCUUCAGCCUGCCUUGUGGAAAGAAGGGAGGCUCUGCCCUCGUGUGUUAUCACGUGCGUGCCACGCGAGGCAUGCAGGGAGCGCAGUGCCCACGGCCGUGUGACAUCAGCGGGCCUUUGCUGUCACUGAUCAGCGCGUGAUGCGAGACGUCCCAGUCAGCUAGCUGCUCACAAGCCACAUGAAGCCCUGGAGGGUGCUCGUGGGUAGGAGAGCCGCUCUCUCACGUGCUCUUUAUCUGAAAAUGCCAAAGAUCUCAUGGGUGCUAGGGGAGGAGCUGACAACACCUGGCCUUCUGCCCCGCUCCGGUCCUGCGCGAGGACAGGCUCGCUCCUCGGUCCCACCCGGAUUACUCGGGACUGUAGGAAACGUUGGCUGCCUCGGAGCUGACAGAUGGGGACUGCGCUCACCUGUGGAAGGGCGACCAUCGAUGAAGUGGAAACAGAUGUGGUGGAGAUAGAAGCGAAGCUUGACAAGCUGGUGAAGCUAUGCAGUGGGAUGAUUGAAGCAGGCAAGGCCUACAUCACCACAAACAAGCACUUUGUCAGCGGAGUCCGGGACUUGUCGCAGCAGUGCAAGAAGGAUGAAAUGAUUUCGGAGUGCCUCGACAAAUUUGGAGACAGUCUGCAGGAAAUGAUCAACUACCACAUGAUCCUGUUUGACCAGGCUCAGAGGUCUGUCCGGCAGCAGCUGCACAACUUUGUGAAAGAUGACGUCCGGAAGUUCAAGGAAACCAAGAAGCAGUUUGACAAGGUACGAGAAGACAUGGAGAUUUCGCUGGUAAAGAAUGCCCAGGCACCUCGGCACAAGCCCCAUGAAGUGGAGGAGGCAACGGGCACCCUGACCAUAACCAGAAAGUGCUUUCGGCACCUGGCCCUGGACUACGUGUUGCAGAUCAACGUCCUGCAGGCCAAGAAGAAGUUUGAAAUCCUGGAUGCGAUGCUGUCCUUCAUGCACGCCCAGUACACCUUCUUCCAGCAGGGCUACAGUCUUCUCCAUGAACUGGACCCUUACAUGAAGAAGCUUGCCACAGAGCUCGACCAGCUGGUGAUUGAUUCUGCAGUGGAGAAGAGGGAGAUGGAGCAUAAGCACGCGCUGAUACAGCAGAGGACCCUCCUGCAGGACUUCUCCUACGAUGACUCAAAGGUGGAGUUUAACGUCGAUGCCCCAAAUGGAGUGGUAAUGGAAGGCUACCUCUUCAAGAGAGCUAGCAAUGCGUUCAAAACAUGGAAUCGGAGGUGGUUCUCCAUACAAAACAGCCAGCUGGUGUACCAGAAGAAGCUAAAGGAUGUCCUCACAGUAGUGGUGGAAGACCUGCGGCUCUGUACUGUCAAGCCAUGUGAAGAUAUAGAGAGGAGGUUUUGCUUUGAGGUCGUCUCACCUACCAAGAGCUGCAUGUUGCAGGCUGACUCGGAGAAGCUGCGUCAGGCCUGGAUUCAGGCUGUUCAAGCCAGCAUUGCUUCUGCAUACCGGGAGAGUCCUGACAGCUACUACAUUGAAAGACUGGACCGGACUGCUUCCCCAUCAACUAGCAGCAUUGAUUCUGCUACCGACUCGCGGGAUCGCAACGUGAAAGGGGAGACCAUCUUGCAGAGGGUGCAGAGCAUCCCUGGGAACGACCAGUGCUGUGACUGCGGUCAGCCAGAUCCCCGCUGGGCCAGCAUCAACCUGGGCAUCCUGCUGUGCAUCGAGUGCUCUGGUAUCCACAGGAGUCUGGGCGUUCACUGCUCCAAAGUCCGAUCUCUCACGCUGGACUCCUGGGAGCCAGAGUUACUGAAACUGAUGUGUGAGCUGGGGAACAGCACCAUGAAUCAGAUUUACGAGGCGCAGUGUGAAGAGUUGGGACUUAAGAAACCGACAGCAGGGAGCUCCAGGCAGGACAAGGAAGCCUGGAUCAAGGUGAAGUACGUGGAGAAGAAAUUCCUGAAGAAGCUGCCAAAUGGGGAGGCUCUGGCAGAGAACGAGCGGAAACCUCGGCGCUGGUGUGUGAAGAAGUGCCAGAGGCACAACAGCGCCACGAAAGCACCCACAGCUCGUAGGAAGUACCGCCACGAAGCAGGCAAUGCAUCGCCAGCCAUGUUGUCGUCAGCAGCCACGCUGGAGAGGAAGUUCCGUCGAGAUUCCCUCUUCUGCCCCGAUGAACUGGACUCUCUCUUCUCCUACUUUGACACUGGUGCUGGCUCUGGCCCACGCAGUGCCAGCCACAUCUCUAUGCAGCAUCCGCUAACAGGUGGCCCAUGGAGUGGCAGUGGCAUUGGUCCCGGUGGGAGCGGUACGCCGUUCCUCCUGGACGGAGGUCUGAGCAGUGACAGCGGGCUUGGGGGAAGCACGGACGGCAGCACGGAUAUCCUGGUGUUUGGCUCCGUGGUGGACAGCGUGACGGAGGAAGAGUGCGAGGUGUCGGAGGAGUCGAGUGGUGAAGCAGAGAUUGAGCAGGAGGCAUCAGAUUUGGAGGACCUGCGGGAGCUGCAUCCUGGCUUGUUGGUCUACAAGGCGGCACAAGCCCGAAACCUGCCACUCAUGGCAGAAGCCCUGGCUCAUGGUGCUGAAGUCAACUGGGUGAACGAUGAAGAUGAAAACAAAACUCCUCUGAUUCAAGCCGUGAUGGGGGGCUCCUUGAUAGCCUGUGAAUUCCUGCUGCAGAACGGGGCAGAUGUUAACCAAAGAGACAGCCGAGGCCGGGCUCCCUUGCACCAUGCCACGUACCUGGGGCACACUGGCCAGGUCUGCUUGUUCCUCAAGCGAGGGGCGAACCAGCAUGCAGUGGACAGCGACGGGCAGGACCCGCUAAGUAUCGCAGUCCAGGCGGCCAACGCAGACAUCGUUACCUUGCUGCGUUUGGCUCGAAUGAAUGAGGAAAUGCGAGAGGCAGAGGGCCCCUUUGGACAACCAGGUCAAUAUCCCAGCAACAGCCCUACUGAGCUCCAGUACAGGAAGUGUAUACAAGAGUUCAUCAGCCUUAACAUAGAUGAGUGUUAGUGACAACUCCCCCACCUCCCCUUUGCAGUCUUGAAGUGGGGCCAGAUUUCUGGAAGCCCCGAGAGCCCCAUCCUUGGUAUAUUGGUGUUUCUUGCAGAUUGGUCUGUUUUUGAUGCCUGCGCAUAUAGGUUGAGAUGCGUGCAGGAAGGAAAAGGGAUCUUUCCUGCUAGCAUAAAGUUCUCAUGCUUGACUACUGGAUGGUUGAUUUUUGUGUAGGAGAUUCUUAGGGCAUAACCACAGACCAUGGCGUGUGAACUCGAGUGUGUGAAAAGUAUGGGAGAAGAGUUUAGCAUUAAACAAAACAAAACAAAAAAAAAAAAAAAGAAAAAAAGAAAGAAGAAAAGGAAACCCUCUAUCACCAGGAGAAGCCCGCCAACAAUAGGGUCAGACGAACCUCUCGUGUCUCUGUUUCGGUGCAGUCACCACGCGCUGAAUUCUCGUCUGAACAGUUUGGAAGGGAUUCUGACGGGGAGCCCUCUCCUGGCAGUGCGACCAGUAGCCUGCUCUCUCCUGGGACUCUGCAGCAUCUGGGAGCUGCUGGGGCCAGUUUAGAAAACUCAAAUGCGACCUCUAAGUCGGGAACAGGCUGUUUCGUGGGGCAGGUGCUUCGCUGCACAGCAGAAGGGGUAGAAUUGAGAGCCAUGGCUACCCACCUCACUUGCUCUCAGGACUAUUACCAGCCACGCUCCCCUUUUUUUGGCCUUGGUGGUUAGCUGGUCAAAGCCAUAGCUCACCUGCUUCCUGGGCCGGGAUGCGCUCUGCCCAUGGUAUGAAGCAGCAAUGCUAACUUUUUUGAGGCUGGGAGAAGCUUGUCGCUGGCGAUGGGCUUUUCUGUCAGGGAAGAAAAGCCAAGUCCAACUGCCACUGCCAAGCUGGCUGGCUGCAGGAUGCAAUUUGGUUUGGUUUGUUUCCUGGUCACCGUAUUUCUGACUCAGUGUCUCUGUGAAGGAGACUUCUACCUGCAUGUGUAUCCCCUGUGCUCACCCCGCAUGCUGAAGCAUGUGAGUAGGGCAUCUCAGCAGCUGGCCCGGGGACUUCUGCGUUUCCCAGUUCCAAUGACCAGCAGAAUCUUCUUUUUUUUCUUUCCUUUUCCUGGUAUUAUUCUUUGCUGGAGUGGGGGAAUGUGUUUCUACUCAGAGCACUUUGUUGCUGGUGUUUAUGGUCUGUUACGGGGGUCAUGCUACAGUAGCCCUGCAGAGAUGGUGCAGCCAGGUGCUCCUAUCUCAGGAGGGCUUACCGAGCAUGGGUACCUCCGCCAGAUCCUCCUCUGGCUGGGAACUUGGAUGCCAAGCUGAGAUGUGCUCCUGCAAGAGCCGCUUCAGAAUGCCCUCAAACUGCUGUUGGCAUCAGAAUUUUUCAGGACUCGUGGGCGGCAGCCCACAGCUGGUAUUCAGUCUGCCUGGGCACCUCGGCUGCUGGCUCUGGGGUUGGGCCACUGUGCCUUACAGAUAGUGCUGGGAUCCUGAAGGGGUCGGGAUCUCAUGAGGAACACAAAUACCAGGCAGAGUUCCCCGUCCUCCUGCGUUACAUCAGCAGUGAUACACAAUCAUACUAUUUUUCAUCCACUCUUUGACUUCCUUUCUUUGUAAACUGGCUGGUGUCUUGCUGCAGCCCUUGGGGGGUCAAACCUUUGCAGGUUUAUUUCUAUCCUCAGAUACCAGAAGAGCCCAGCUCCUCGCUUGAGAUGGUGCCCUCAGACUGGUCCAGCAGUGCUCAGAGUACGCCCGUGUGUCUGCAAGUGGAACAAAAAAGAAGCUCCCCUUAGGCUCUGGUAGUUGUCCCCUCGGUUCAAGGGAGUGUCCCUGCUUCCCUCGGGAAGUGCUGCCCCACAUCCUGCUGCAGACAGAUCACCAUUUUCUGUCUCUGCAGUCUGGGGCUUGAAUUCCAUCUUUCUCUUGUGGCUUUCUCAUUCCUGUUCUCUCCUGAAGCUGCGGGAUGCCCAGUGCCAAGUUCUGAGCUCAGUUCCAGUUGUCUGUUGUGAGCCCGAAGUAGUCCCAGUGACCGUGUUGGAACUGCUGCAGCUCAGUGGCGGCGCAGAAUCCGGUCCCAGGGCCUUUCUUUCGUCCCUAAGCCAUAAACAAUCUCCUUCCACCAAUCUUUAAAGAAUUAAUGAGCUUGGCCCCCUCAGCCUUUUUACCCCUGGCAAUGCCUUUCGCUGCAUCUUCUCCAUCAUUCCACCCCUCCUGCCUCGAGGACCAGGCUCUGUACCUGCACCCAGCACGCAGACUGGCUUUCUCCUUUCUCAGCUGCUCAAUGCCUGGUCUGAAACUUUCAUCCUUAACCAGGCAAUGCUCCCUCUGUGAGUUGGGGCUGUAGGAUGUGCCCUUACCUGCCCUCUGCCAAGUGUUCGCUGGGUCUGGGCCGUGUUCUGAUCAGCCGUGACACCCUCAGGAGUGAUGCAGAACUGCAUGCAGGACAAAGCAGCGCGGCAUAAACCGCUGGGAUGUCUGUAUCCUUUGUUCAGAGGGGGAUUUCUCCGGGAGCAGGGACCACGCUCCGAUCGUGGCUGACUCGGGCAUGUGCCCCUGGGGGUGAUGCCAAAUGCAGGUGGACGUGUGCUGUUGCUGCAGUGCUGCUACAUCAUCUCCCUCAGCUCGCAUUUAAUAUGCCCAGGGUUAAAUCUCUUUCUGCCUGAUACCCGUGAGGGUAGAGCCAGCAUCGCUGCCCAUCAGUGGUUUUGUGCAGGAUUACAGAACGUUACUACUUCACAUUCUCCUGGAGCUUCAUCUUUCCUUUGCGCUGGUUUUCUUCCUGGUCCAAGUCACCCCAAGUUUACAGGGGCUCCCCCUCGGAGCAGUGGUGCCUUUCACUUGUGUCACUGCCUUGUUGGACACCCUCGUGAGCUCAGCCUGCUUGCUCUGCAGCCAGUGGCUGGCUGAGCCCUUCAGCAGGGCAGCACCGUGCUCAUGGUUAGAUCACCCCGUGGCAUCCAGAUCAGUGCUUGAGUGCUCAGUACAGGACAGGGACCAGUAUGCAGACAAGAACCGUCUUUUCUGCCUGGGUCAGGAACUGGGAGACCCUCUGUAAUGAAUUCUCUUGAAAAUCCCAGCCCGUUUUAUGCUUACUGCAUCUGAUGAGAUGUUUGUCAGAGCUGAUGUGGUUCCCCUCAAGCUGUGGCCUUUUCCAGAAGGCCACACUGAAUCUUCCAGGCAUCUUCCAGGGUACUUCAGAGAUCGUGGAAGUGGAACAGAUGUCUCACCACCACCACGGUCCUACUCUGUUAAGGAACUUCAGCAUGAUCGUCAUCUAGCAACGUUUUCCACAUGCACAGCAACUUAAAACACCCCAGUUGGUUUUCCGGCUUCUUAGGAGAAGUUAGGAAUAGGCCUGAUCCUUUCUGUAAGCCAAGGAGGACUGGAGACGUGGCUUCCACUUUGGGUCAUUUUAUUUCACAGUUGGCAUGAGUGACUCAUGAGAACAAAACAAGAACCGGGUACAGUUAGGUCCAGUGAAGCUCAGACUUACUGCUGAAGUACAUGAAGUUAAAGCGUGUGUAAAUACUGAUGCAAAAAGCAGUGUCUUGCAAGACAAUUUAUUUAACAUGUAUUGGUACUUUAUUUAGAGUCAAUGUAUAAAGCAACUUUGUGCACUUUUCCUACAUACAGUAUUGGGGGGUUUUAUGUUCUUUUGUUAUGGAUUUUGUGCUGUCUUUUUUAAUCAGUGGAAUUGUUAAGUAUUUAAUUUAUUAUUGAUGUGCCCAGAGGACUAGUGCAAUUUUUAUUCAAUACAGUUUGUCUGUAUUUAAUGUCAGGAUUUUUUUGUAGCAUUGUUAGGGAAUAUUUUUCAAAACCUGCCUUUUUUUUCCCCGCAGCUCUCCUCUUCCCCCUUCCCCACCCCCCUUUUCUCUUCUAUUUUCAUUAUACAGAUGACGAGGCAUGAAAUGCCUCUAGUUUGUAAUAUAAUCAUCCACUUUAGUACAUCCUGCAGUUUCUAAACAAAAAAGGUUCUCCAGGAAAAAAUGCUAAGGAGGCACUUCUCAUUGGUUUGUGUUUGAUUUAUUAGGUUGGGGUGUGUGUGUGUGCGUGCCUAGAGCUUUGGAGGGGGGAGUGGGGAAGUUGUACAUAAAAUUUGUUUUCAGCAAAAUAAAUGGCCAACUGGGCUACAGGGAAGGCUAGAUCUGAACGCUUUUUUUUUUUCUCUCUGAGUACAGCUGUAUUUGUGUUGUACAAUCUUGUUUGAAAUACUGAAUGCCAAAACUCCUCUUCUCAUUCUUUCUUUUCAAAGCGUGCAUAUGUUGUAACUGUGACAGUAACUUGGCUGCAACCACAGAUAACGUGAGAGGCUUUGCCUUUGUCUCGAAAGCAACAUGCCAGGCAUUGUCCAAACGCAAAUGGACCCACACCAUUGCCCCAGCCCUGCAGAUUCUGUCAUCCUUUGAGUUUUUGAGACCUGGGUGAAUAUUCACAUACCUGUACUAGUUUUUUUAAGUUGACACAAACCCUGUAACCGAGUGCCUGCACAGGUAGUCUGGGUUUGAGUCUUGGAGGCACCUGUCUCUGAUUCCCCAUGGGACAACUUCAAGUUGCUGGCAAGUUGAAAUGAUCCCCCCCGUGCCAUCAAGGGAUGCCUUGGGUGUUUUUAAUGUUGCGGUCUCAGAGAUGCUCUCUGUACUGAGAAACUCUGAGCAAUCUUGAGGAAAAACACAGAAUUGGAAGAACUGGUGUCAAACGCUUUUGUUUAAAGACGAGCUGAGACUGUGAUAAGCAUAAAGUAGAUCAGUAACAUCUCAGACCAGCACAAAUGGCCAUUAUUUAUGCAAGAGAAAACCAGGACCUCCCAAAGAAAUGCACUGAUAACUGACGGUCCGGCAGCCCUAACGCAGCUGUCCUCUGCUGCUGCUGGGCUGCCCCUGACCCUACUCCUCUCUUCUCACUGCCCGAGCAUUAUUGCUUUCAACCAAAGACAAAACAGAGUGAACGGAUUCAAUGUGAUAUUAAACACUUGGUUUGCUGAUGACAAACGUCGGUGUGAGUGUGCCUGCGUGCGAGAGCAUUUGGUGCUGUUGUGUGGAGAAGGGUGGGCAAGGAGGGACCGAGCAGAAGGGAGAGUGGGAGUUUGAAAGAACUUUAUUUUUUUUUUUGAGAUUCCAAAAUAUACAGUGCUGUUUCCAUAGGAAUGUGAUUCAUAUCGCAGUCUGCCUGCUGGCUCCUCUGCCUUGUAGGGAAAUUGGACUGGGGUACGUACCUAGCACGUGUUAGUGGGAGGAAAGGGCAGGCAAAUAGUUACGGGGAGGUAAAGAGGGGCAGAGGUGGGAGCCACGAUGGUUUCCAGGGCAUGAGGAGGACCUUGUGUGUUCCUAGUGCAGGAGCCGAGAUGGCUGGAGAGGCUGGCUGAAGCAGGAGCAUCCCUCCACAAACAUCCUGGCUCACGGUGACGGCCGUGGAGGAGCACGUUCAGUUUGUGUGUCCUCCUGCUCCACUCGCUGACACUGGAAGCGGCCAGGCGCUUGCCUUCAGGUUGUCAGUGGAGCUGUAGACCUGUCUCAGUCACUUCCACCCAUCCCGUCCCUCCAUCAGCAUGGGAAUAUUAGAGUGGAUUCCCCAUCCUGGGAGCCCUUGGUGUGACGCCUGGGGCUGCUGGAUCAUAGAGGGCGAGUGAGCCUUUCUUACGGCAGGGCGACACAGCCUGGGCUGGAAGCCUUUGGGACGAGACAGCCCAACCAGCCUCUUGCUGGCCAAGGCUCCUGUACCUUCCUAUCUAAACAGCACGGAGAGAAAGUUCUUCAGCCAAGUAAAAGCUGCUACGUGUGGUUGAUUAACAUGGCUCCGAUACACGCCGAAUGGCUGGGCUGCUGCACCAGGGGCUGGCACUUGCUGUAAAUACGCUAUAACCUAUUAACCUCCUUCACUUGCCUGCUUUCAGUACAACUUUGUAACACGUUUUAUAAUUGCCCCUUUCCCUACACAGCCUGUACUGACUGUAACUAUGGAACCAGAUAUUCUGUAUGUUAUUACCUUUGUACAAUUUUAAAACUGUUGCUGUGGUGUCUGCCUUUUUUUCCUCCCUUCUCUUCUAUUGUCUCUUGAAACACUGUUAAUAAAAAUCUAGAUGAACUCUUUCCCUCCUCUUUCUCUGGCUUUAUUUAUUUAUGUACGGUUUCUUGCCUUGUUGCCCGUAUUAACUGGACCUAGAACACCAACUCUUUUAACCUGUUUUCUUUUUCCACUGCAACCCACAGCUUGAAUCUUAUGUCAGUGAAGAGAAUGCCGCGUAACUGCUCUGCUUUUUGCUGGGUUUCUGCGACGCUGUCUUGUGAUAAUGUGAUUUCAGGGUGCUUGGGAAGAAGACGGGGAAGGUGACAGGCUCACAUCACCCCUCAUUCAUGUUUCUUCAGAGUACCUGAGUCAGUCGCUGCUCGCUGUGUUACGAGCUCUGCUGCUGACUGCCCUGUAAAAGGAGACCUUGCACUAGAUGAAAAAUCUCCGUGUUCUGCACAUGGACCGCUUGUUCCCCUGUAUCACUGCAAUCCUUCCCCCUGGGUUUCUCUCAUCUCAUGUGCCUGUGGCAGAAAAAUAAAAAUAAAAGAA